UCUGGCUGGACAGCGGGCAUCGGGUCACCAGGCAUCAGGUCAUUUGGCUCGACAGCGGGCACCGCGUCAUCUGGCAAGGCAGUGGGCUCCGAGUCAACUGGUAUGACCGCGGGCACUGGGUCAUUUGGCUCGACAGCGGGCACCGUGUCAUCUGGCAAGGCAGUGGGCUCCGAGUCAACAGGCACGACAGUGGGCACCGGGUCAUCAGGUACCGGAUUGUCUGGCUCGACAGCGGGCAUCGGGUCACCAGGUAUGACAGCGGGCACUGGGUCACCAGGCAUCAGGUCAUUUGGCUCGCCAGCGGGCACCGCGUCAUCUGGCAAGGCAGUGGGCACCGAGUCACCAGGUACGACAGCGGGCUCUGAGUCAAUUGGCACGACAGCGGGCACCGGAUCAGGUACCGGAUCAUCUGGAUCAACAGCGGGCAUCGAGUCAACUGGCCUAAUAGGAUCGUCAGGCUGGAUCAGUUCAUCAUGCUGGGUAGAGGCGUCAGGCUGAAUGCCGGCGUCCGGCUGAGUAGAGGCUUCAGGCCGAGUAGAGGCUUCAGGCCGAGUAGAGGCUUCAGGCUGAAGAGAGGCAUCAGGCUGAGUACAGGCAUCAGGCUGAGUACAGGCAUCAGGCUGAGUAGAGGAUUCAGGCUGAGUAGAGGCUUCAGGCUGAACCACGGAAGGCAGGUUCACCGGUUUGGAUACUGGCAGGAUGGUAUUGGUUGGAAAGAAUUUUCGCUUUUUUCUGGUUUUAACUACUGGAGCACUGCAAGUAAACGCAGGUCUGCAAACGAAUGGAGCAGCUGGAGACAGAGAAGAACUGGAGGAUGGAACAGGAGAGGGAGCAGUUGCUACAGAGGGCUUUUUUUACAGGGUUAAAGGCAGGAUAGGUGCAGCGAGUGGGAACAGGUACUGACAUGCGGUAGAUAG